CAGCUGUUGUAUUGUUACUGCAUGCUUUUGCUUUGAUUUUAUGAGCAAACAAAUAAAAAUUACGUAAACUUUUGCAAUUUAAUCCGAGUUCUGAAUUAAAUCUAAAAUGACUAUAGUAGAGUACGUAACAGCAUUGUCCCAGAACCCAUACUUUGGGGCUGGGUUCGGUCUAUUCGGAGUCGGUGCUAGUGCGGCAGUUCUUCGCAAAGGUUUUCAGUCUUCCAUGGUCUUAUUCAGAAGACAUUGUAUGAUAACUUUAGAGGUUCCUUGUAGAGACAAGUCGUACCAGUGGCUGUUGCAGUGGAUGACAAAUGUAGGUGCUAAGAAAACCCAACAUCUGAGUGUGGAAACGUCUUUUGAGCAAAAAGACACCGGCCAAAUAAAAACCAAAUACGACUUUAUACCUAGUGUAGGACAACACUUUUUUAGUUAUAAAGGCACAUGGAUCAAAGUAAACCGCACACGGGAACAACAGACCCUAGACCUCCACAUGGGCAUACCAUGGGAAACUGUCACUCUCACAGCAUUCGGAAACAACAAACAGAUCUAUUAUGAUAUUUUGGAAGAAGCACGAACAAUGGCCCUGAAGGCCCACGAGGGCAUGACAGUGAUGUACACGGCCAUGGGCGCGGAGUGGCGUCCCUUCGGGCACCCGCGUCGCCGCCGCCCCCUGCACAGCGUGGUGCUGCGAGCCGGGCUCGGGGAGCGCAUCCGGGAUGAUUGUUUAGACUUCAUUAACAGCACGCAGUGGUACAUUGACAGAGGGAUACCUUAUAGGAGAGGCUACCUGCUGCACGGGCCGCCGGGCUGCGGCAAGUCGUCGUACAUCAUGGCGCUGGCGGGCGAGCUCGAGUACAACAUCUGCGUGCUCAACCUGUCCGAGCGCGGCCUCACCGACGACCGCCUCAACCAUCUACUGUGCGUAGCGCCGCAGCAGUCGAUAAUCCUUCUAGAAGACAUCGACGCGGCGUUUGUGUCGCGCGAAGACACGGCCACGCAGAAGGCGGCGUACGAGGGGCUCAACCGCGUGACCUUCAGCGGCCUGCUCAACUGCCUCGACGGGGUCGCCUCCACCGAGGCCAGGAUCGUCUUCAUGACUACUAACUACUUGGACAGAUUGGACCCCGCCUUAAUUAGGCCUGGAAGAGUUGAUAUGAAGGAGUAUGUGGGAUACUGUGACCAAGAACAAAUUGAACUCAUGUAUUUGAGAUUCUACAAAGGAGAACAAGCUGCGGAGAACGCUAAAGUUUUUGCGGAAAGAGUAUUAAGUACAAAGAAAAAUGUAAGUCCAGCUCAGAUCCAAGGCUACUUCAUGUUCCACAAGCACUCUGAACAAAAAGACGUUUUGGAAGAUAUCAACACUAUAUGGACUCUAGGAUAAGAAAAUCUUAGCUGUGAUUGUAUUUAUUAAUAUAAAAUGUAGUAUACUAUAGUGAUACAUGUAAUAAAAUAAAUAUAUAUUUAUAUAUUAUAAAAA